AUGGAAGCCCUUGGCGUGGCCGCUAAUGUUAUAGCUGUGGUCGACUUGUCAGUAAAGGUGGGAGGACUUUGUGGCAAGUACAUCACAGACGCCAGGAACGCAAACGACGACAUCAGGAAGUUCAAGGCCGGGGCAGAAUCCCUGCAACAAGUUCUGGAGGGCAUCAAGAACCUGCUCGACAGCAACAGCUCGAAUGAAUACUUGAAACAACAGCUGGCCGCCUCUCACCGGCUGUAUGAUAAGCUUCUGGAAUGCCAUGCAGAACUUGGGGCGCUUGUUACCAGACUCGACUCCGGAAAGAAUCCCAGCCGUUUCAAGCGAUUCGGGAAGGCUCUCAAAUGGCCCUUUUCGAGCAAAGAAGUUGCGCAAGCCAUGGAGGCUUUGGUUCGAUGGAAGACGCUGUUCUCGACGGCCAUGCAAACAGACCAGUUAAACAUCGCAUUGCGUCUCGACGAGAAGAUCGACCUUUCUGGUCUUGUAGCUGCAAAAGGCGCGGCCUUCGAUGACUACGAUAACGAGCCCGAGCCAAUGUGCCACCCGGAGACAAGACGAGAUCUGCUGCAACAGGUGGAGAGAUGGGUCGACAAUCCCGACGGGAAGUCCAUCUUUUGGCUCUGUGGCCCUGCUGGGACAGGGAAGUCGACGAUAUCACGCACAGUCGCAAACGUUCUUGCCGACAAAAACCGGCUUGCGGCCAGCUUCUUCUUCAACCGGACCCGGGACGGUCGUAACAGGGCCGAUCUUUUCGUGACGACAAUUGCAAGACAACUAACCCGCCGGGUUCCUCUUGUGAGAAGCUUCAUCACAGAGGCCAUACAAGCAGAGCCAGAUCUACCCGAGAAGGGCCUUCAGGUACAAUUCGACAAGCUCAUCCUCAAUCCCUUGUUGAAAGUCAACACCGAAAGUCUGCUACUGCCGACUUUGGUUUUAGUCAUCGACGCCCUAGACGAGUGCGAUUCAGGGAAUUCUGAUGGCUACCACAAUCCUCAGUCUGACCGAACCCGACAAAUCGUCAGACUCCUUGCCAAGACCGCUGUCAUCAAGGGUGUGAGGGUGCGCAUCUUUCUCACAAGCAGGCCGGAGCUACCGAUCCAACUGGGUUUCCGACACGAUGUGUCUGAGCAUUCUCAUCGAGAUGUCGAAUUGUUGCGAGACAUUCCCCCAGCCGUCAUUGAGCACGAUAUCCGAGUGUUCCUCGCUGCUCAAUUGGAAAUGAUCAGAAACGCAUACGGCAUCCCGAAAGACUGGCCAGGAGAGGACAUUGUUGAUAGGCUUGUCACGAUCACCAUGCCUCUCUUCAUCUACGCUUCCACAAUCUGCAAAUUCGUCAACGACCCGAGGCGGCGAUUUGAUCCGCGCAGCCAGUUGCAAAAAAUUCUGAGUGGAAACCGAGGCCAAGUAACCAACAUUCAAGGGACCUAUCAGCCGAUUCUCGAUCAGCUGUUGGUUGGGCUGUCUGAAUACGACUCAGAGCAGAUGCUGGUCGAUUUCCGCAGGAUUGUGGGCUCCAUCAUUUUGCUGGCAGACCCGUUACCUGUCGAGCCUCUCAGUCAACUUCUCAGGGUGUCCCAAGACCAAAUCCGUUGCCAGCUAAACAACCUGCACUCCGUCCUCGACAUUCCAGAAGAAACGGAACCCAACAGAGCAGUCAAACUCUUCCACCUGUCCUUCAUGGAAUAUCUGCUGAGCGAAACGGGGACCAGCAGCCCGUUCUCAGUUGACGAGUCGUCUAAGCACAGCGACCUGCUCCAUGAUUGCCUGCAGGCCAUGUCCAGCGGAUCCAACAACACGUGCGGUCUCCGAAACGAUAUCUGUCAGUUGCAUGACCCAGGCGUUUUCCGCAAGGAUGUGAACCUCGAAGUGAUUCGGAAGCAUAUUCCUCAGCAUCUGCUGUAUGCUUGUACCCACUGGGCUCACCACCUGGCAGGAAGCCGCAAACUUAUACAGGAUGGAGACGAGGUGUACGUCUUCCUGACUCGUCACUUUGUCCACUGGCUGGAGGCAAUGAGUUGGAUGGGAAAAAUGAAGGAAAGUGUCGAAAUCGUUCUCAAAUUGCAGGAUGCUAUUGCCAUGCCGGACUCUCGGGCCGCCGCCUUCUUACGAGAUGCUCGGCGGUUUGUUUUGAAGCACCGAGACGUCAUCGACAAGGCGCCGUGCCAGAUUUAUUUGUCGGCUAUUCUCUUCUCUCCUACGGGUUCUAUCGUCAAGCAGACGUUUCUCCCCGAGGUCCCGGCAUGGGUGGUGAAGUAUCCCGAGGUCACCGAUGACUGGGACCCGACAAUUCACAUCAUGGAGUCGCCAAUAGGCUUACCUCGUCCAUCGAUGUUCUUAAUGUACACCGGGGAGAUGAAGGCAAGAUUACAAAUGGGAAACAUCGCUUUUUCUCCGGACAGCAAAAUAUUAGCAAUGGCCGAUGGCAAAAGAAUUAUCCUUUGGGAUACAAACACCGGAAGUAUGCUGCGAGUCCUCGACGUACCGGAUGGGAGCUUUAGCUGUGUUUCCUUCACUUCAAACGGCAUAAUCGUCGCCGGUAUGGAUUCAGGCACCUUAGUCUCCUGGGACUUUAGGCGAGACAUGGAAUCAACCUUAGAGCUCUCCCCCGGUCACGAUGUGCAUUGUAUUUGUACAUCUUCACGAGGUCAUGUAGCAUGCGCAUCCGCAGAUGGCACGGCUCAUGUCCUGAACGAACAUAAAGGUGCAAUACGCAAGUGGUCUACGAAAAGUUUUGACCAGAGUUUCAAGACAUUCAUAUCGUUUUCACCGGACGGAUCGCGUCUAGGCCUUCUCACGGAGGACGGCCUCGGACUAGAUUUGUACGAUAUCGGCGCCAAUCGCUGCCUCAAACGACUCAUAGCGACCAACAAAGACACCUUUCACUUCUUCUCGAUAUCAGAGGAUCAAAUCUUCAUCAUAAUUUGCCGAAAUUUCUCCAGGAAUGAAAAGUUUGGUCCCACAUCCAGGCCAAGGUGUUUUUAUGCGACUACACCCAUCGACAACGGCACAACCCGAUCAAAAGACCUAGUAUUGCAUCCUCUUGAAACAUACGGAAGCAUCGUUCACGCACAGUUCAACUCACAAGGGAUGCUAGCAUAUGUAGAUAAAUUAGGUUUCACCUACGUCUGGAAAGGCCUACCGAAGGCGCCUCGUUUGGUGGCCAAAACGAGGCAUUGGGAAUCACCGCAAUCAAUCUGCCUCUCCCCGGACGGGAAACACGUAGCUAUAAGAUCGCUGCACAACACGAAGAUACUCGAAGUUCGUCUCCUGGAGCAUCACGACCAUAACAAAAGUAACUGUCUCAUUUCCGAGUCCGAUGGCAUCGUAGAUGCCAUUGGUAGUUACAGUGUGGCGUCCUCGCUCGACGGCCUGAGUUUAGCGGGUAGCUCGAGACUGGGGAAAGUGACGAUCUGGAACAGAAGCCACAAUACCGUGCGUGGAUCCGCAUUCACGUCUACAAAACUGGAUCCAAACUUGUCAUCUGUCCACGGUUGGGUUCCUGGCGUAGUGCUCGCAUUGAGUCCGGACGGUGUUCAUCUGGCUGUCAGUAGUCGUGAAGCGGAGCUACAAAUCUGGCAGCGGAACCCGGGCUCCAGCACCAUGUCCAUGGUGCGAGCUUACUCAUAUGAUGGCAACCAACAUAGGGACUGUUUCAGAUCGCCGUUUCUGUGCUUUUCACCUUGUGGCCGAUUUCUCGCAAUGACAACCAAGGGCCCUCUGUUCGGAGUCCUCCCCAUCGAUGUUUUCAGUAUGCCUUGCGACACCAUUAUUUGGGACUUUGAGACCCUCCUCGACAGUUCGGCCGGUCCGAGCUUCAGCAGAGUAUCCCGGGAAAACUCGUCACACAUCAUGAGCUUUGAGCCGAGCGGCGAGAAUCUGGCGAUAUUUGAAGGUAGCACUCCAACAACCCUCAGCCUGGUCCACUCGGCAUCGGGUGACCUGGUUUGGGAACUGAGCAUUGGUGACACCUCCAGAGUCUCCAGAGUCUUGUCAAUCGUGUUCAACUUCGCUGGCACGCGAAUAGCAACUACACAUUCGUCCAUGGAGGGAUCACACGGGACGAUAGUGUCAUUGGUAGAUGCUAUCAACGGAGUUCUUCUCUGGGAGGUGCCUAUAAGACACGACAAUAUCUGGGUUCCCAUGACAGCGUUUGGUUGCAACGACCAGGUCAUCAUGAUUCAAAGGAGCAAGCUCUACAUCCAUGACGCCGUUACAGGAUCCGAGAUCGGCAGCCAAGCGGGCUUUAUGCCCUGCAACGUUACCUUUGAGCAUGACGACGGGAUCUGGAUCACGAAGCGUGGCCGGAAGAUACUCUAUCUACCAGGUCAUUGCCAACGCUAUCUUCGGGUCAUGGAGUGGUCUUUUCAUCCGCACCGUUACCUUGGCUAUGACAAGGAUAGACAGGCACUGUUUGUCAUUGAAUUUUCGUGUGAUGGCUGUACAGCCAAGGCGUCUUGGAGGAAGAACAGUCUAGCGUUUAGUGGUGAAAUGGGCAGAAAACAGGAAGAGGACCAGUCCUCACUAAUCUUAAGGAUGCAGCAACUGGCUGGUACUGAAUCUUGA